AUGUCUAGGUGCAAACAAUUUCGUGACAAAAGCGGCACAAGAAAAUUUACAGAUUUUUGUUCUGAAAAUUAUUUUGAUUUAAUUGCUAAAACAUUUUUGGAGAGGUCUCCAUUUAGAAAUAAACGUCGGAAAUAUCAAAGAAAAAAAUCGGAAAUAUUGCCCGUAUUGAGCAAUAACCGGAACGGAAAAGAUAUCGCCGACAAUUUUGUGGUUUCUGGUCUAAUUGAAUAG